GUUUGCAUAUGGAUACUAAACUAUAUAAAUUUUAUAACAAAUUCAAAUAAAUAAAAAAUAAGAUAAAAUUAUACCUGUAAAAAAUUGUGCAGUGCAAGAUGAGUUGUCCUAUGGGGUACAAUGGAUCCAAGGGGGAUCCUGCUCAAGAAGGCGACCAGCUAGACAACCAGGCCGGAAUGUUAUAUGGAGAAUAUUUAAUGCUGGACAAAGUUUUGGGAGCCCAAAGAAUGCUCAGCUCUGGAGGCGAAAAACACGUUCACGAUGAACACUUGUUUAUUGUCACACAUCAAGCUUACGAAUUGUGGUUCAAACAAAUUCUAUACGAAUUAGAUUCUAUAAGGGAUCUUUUUGGAGCUCUACGUUUGGAGGAGUCACAAACUUUGGAAAUAUUGAAGAGAUUAAACAGAGUAGUACUUAUACUCAAGUUGCUGGUGGAUCAAGUCCCAAUUUUGGAAACAAUGACGCCUUUGGAUUUUAUGGAUUUUCGAGAUUAUUUGAGACCAGCUUCAGGGUUUCAGAGUUUGCAGUUUCGAUUGAUCGAAAAUAAAUUGGGUGUAAAGACAGAUCACCGUGUAAAAUACAACCAGCGUUACACCGCCGUCUUCGGUCACGACCCGGACGCCAUGCGCCAGAUCGAGGCCUCCGAAAACGAGGCGACCCUCAGCGACCUUGUUCAGUCGUGGUUGGAGCGGACACCAGGCCUAGAACUGGACGGAUUCAAUUUUUGGGGAAAAUUCCGAACGGCCGUCGAGAAACAAUUGAGCGAACAGAACGACGCAGCCUUGCGAGAAGAAAUUGAAUCAGUACGAAAUUACAAAUUGAUGGACAUCCAAAAACGCAGAGAAGUCUACGAUUCGAUAUUUAAUCCAGAGGCGCACGAAGCUUUGGUAUCACGAGGAGAAAGAAGAUUUUCCUACAAAGCCUUACAAGGUGCAAUUAUGAUAACAUUCUAUAGAGACGAACCACGUUUUUCUCAACCUCAUCAAUUGUUGACACUUUUAAUGGACAUUGAUUCGCUUAUAACAAAAUGGAGAUAUAACCACGUUAUCAUGGUUCAAAGAAUGAUCGGAUCACAACAACUUGGUACAGGAGGUUCUUCGGGUUAUCAAUAUUUACGGUCAACUUUAAGUGAUCGUUACAAAGUUUUCCUGGAUUUGUUCAAUUUGUCGACGUUCUUGAUUCCGAGAUCUUUGAUUCCAAAGUUGACGUUGGAGAUGAAAAGUUAUUUGGGGAACUCUUAG